AUGGUGAAUCCCAACAACCAAAAUGUAUCUACUCCUAUCUUUAAUGGUGAAAAUUUUGAUUUUUGGUAUGUGAAAAUGAGAACUAUUUUUGUCUAUACGGAUCUUUGGGAUCUUGUUGAAAAUGGGUUCGAGGAACUUGAAGAUAAAGGAGCUUUGACAAAUCCCCAAAAGAACCAAUUAAAAGAGCAAAGGAAGAAGGAUUCAAAGGCUCUCUCUUUUAUUCAACAAGGAGUUUCAGAAGCAAUCUUUCCAAGAAUUAUCAAUGCAACAAAAGUGAAGGAGGCAUGGGAUAUUCUUCAGAAAGAGUAUAGAGGCAACUUGAAGAAAUACAAUCCCAUUGUUGCUGUCAUUGAAGAAACUAAAGAUCUUGCUGAUUUGAGUAUUGAAGAUUUGAUGGGUUCAAUUAAAGAAACUAAAGAUCUUGCUGAUUUGAGUAUUGAAGAAUUGAUGGGUUCAAUUAAAGCAUUUGAGCAAAGGUUGAGUAGGCAAUCUGAAAAGUCAAUUGAAAGUGCCUUUCAAUCCAAGCUCAAUGUUAGUACCUCUAAUUUCCAAGGAAGAGGAAGAGGAGGAGGAAGAAAUGCAACUGGAAGAGUAAGAAAUGCAAGAGGAAGAGGAAGGUCUAAUUUUCAAAGAAAGGAAAAUGAAGAGUCCACUCAACAAAAGUGUGGAAUUUGCAACCGAAGCAAUCAUGUUGAUAAAGAUUGUUGGUUUCGAGGAAAGCCAAAAUGUUACAAUUGCAACAAAUUUGGGCAUGUCAAGAAGGAUUACCAUGUCAAGAGCACUCAACAAGCUAAUUUUUCCGAGGAGCAAGAAAAUGAAGGGCACAUGUUCUAUGCUUGUCACAAGGAAUCGGAUCAAAACAAGGAUGUAUGGUGUCUCGAUAGUGGAUGUAGCAAUCACAUGACAGGAGACAGGAGAUGA